AUGGACUCGAGAGUUUUUGAGGCUGCCCAUUUGGGAAAUAUCAGUGCCAUUAAAGAUUUGAUAGACGAGAAUGCUGACGUUUUGGAGCAGGUCACCAGUUCUAGCAAGAAUUCAGCUCUACAUGUGGCUGCAAGAGCUGGACAGGCAGAUUUCGUGUCGGAGAUUUUGAGGAUCAGACCUCAAAUCUUAUCCCAUCUCAAUAGUGAGCGGGAUACUGCCUUGCACGAAGCUGCGAGAGGAGGACACUCGACUGUUGUAAAGGUGCUCUUGGAAAAAGACCAACGCAUUGCUUACAAAGUUAAUCAGGAUUAUGAAACGGCCCUCUUUGUUGCUUGCAAGGAAGACAUAGUAAAGGAGCUGAUUAAGGCAAGACCUGGGCUGGUUGGAAAAUUGGACAAGCAAGGAAGCAGUCCGUUGCAUUCAGCUGCUCCACAUGGCCAUUUGGAAGUAACAAGAGCAUUGUUGACUGCCGACCCAGAGAUUUGCUACAUUCUCGACGGCUCUGGCAGGUCGGCUCUCCAUAUCGCAGCGAUGAAAGGACGGCUCAGCGUUGUUCAUGAAAUACUGUCCUUCAGGCCUGACUCUGCGGAAUUGCUCUCCACGGCCGGUGCAACUUUUUUGCAUUCUGCAGUGGAGGCGAACCAGAUCGAAGUUAUCAGGCACGUGGUUGACCUUCUUGACACGUCCAAGCUUAUCAGGACACAAGACAACGAGGGCAAUACAGUUUUACAUGUUGCCACCAGGAAAAAACUCAAGCAGAUGGUCCGGUUGCUGGUGGUGUGUACGACUAUAAAUGUAAACGCAGUGAACAAACAAGGGUUGACGGCACUGGAUAUCUUGGAGAAAGAGCCGACUCACUCGGGAUCCGCGAUAAUCGGGUUCGCGCUCAAGGAAGUGGAUGCCAAGCGCAGCUACGAGCUCCCUCUGGAGCGCUUCAAGCGAGAUGACUUCGCUCUCGAACGGAGCGUGAGCUCAUUUAAUCACCACGUUCGGGAUCAACAUUUCGAGACGACCGACACGAGCGACCGAGUGAACGACAUGGCGAAAGAACUGUGGCAGCAGCACAAACAAGCAAUAAACACUGUGACUGUGGUAGCGGUGCUCAUAGCUACGGUGGCCUUCGCUGCCAUGUUCACCGUGCCGGGAGGCCUUAAAAAUGAUGGCGAAUACGAAGGCACUGCUGUAAUGGCACACACUACCGCCUUCAAGGUGUUUGUAAUAACUGACACCGUGGCGUUAUUCUCGUCAUUGGCGAUAGUUCUGAUUCUAGUGACCGUGGUGCCAUUCCAUAGAAAAGUCUUGUUGAAGCUUUUGUUCUUCAUCAACAAAUUUAUGUGGGUAGCAGUUGGAUGCACUGCCUCGGCUUUUCUUGCUGCAGGUUAUGUGGUGGUGGCCCCCAAGACUAUGUGGGUUGCGAUUGGCAUGUGUGUUAUUGGUGCGGGAAGCAUGGUCUUCAUGUUCACUUCUCUCACCUCGCUCGUUGUUGGCCAUCAGAGGAAGAAAGCCCAAUUCCGGAAAAUGAAGAAGCCUAUAGAUGGUGAAAAUGUGACGAAGUCAAGAUCCAGAGAUCCUGUGACGAUCAUAACUCACGUGGGAGUAGAUGAAUAUGGAGCGAAUUUAGGGGAAACAAACGAGAGAUUAUCUGGGAGAGGAAACCAUUCUUCUUCUGACUCAGACAUUGAAAGCUCUGAAGGGAACGGGUUCUUUCCAUUGUAG